UUACAGAUUCCUCAUCUCCUUCUUCUAUUUGAUCCCUCCUUGUCGAUCCUCGUGUGGCCAGGACUGAUCGGAGCUCCUUGCUCGCUGAUUUUGCUGCUCGCGGUAUGAUUCGGCGCUGCCUCCGGGUGUGUUAUCGACUAAUCGGUCGACAUGGUGAGGGGGAAGAUGCAGAUGAGGAGGAUAGAGAACCUGGCCAGCCGGCAGGUGACCUUUUUCGAGCACCGGAGAGGCCUUCUGAAGAAGGCCUUUGAGCUCUUCGUGCUGGAUUAAAAAGGGGCGUUGUGUCCUAAUAAUGGUGAAGGUAGUUACUAGAUUUCAAAAUCCGGUCCAGUAUACUUGGGUCCUCCAUCUUCAUUUUCUCUCCUGUAUACAGGCGGGACCUUUGCUCUGUAUUCAUUAAUGUCGCGGCAUUCAAAGAUUGGACUAUCGAGGACAUCCCAUGCUGCACAUGAGCACCUGACUGCUUACGAGCUUGAAACUGACUGUGAGGAAACUCGAACUAGUUUACGGAUAAAGAAAUUUCUCGAGAAGAAUCAGACUUCUCGACUUUUGCUACUACUAUUUACGCUAUUAGGGACAAGUAUGGUCAUUGGCGAUGGUUGUUUGACCCCGACAAUCUCAGUUGUUUCAGCAGUUUCUGGACUCAGAAUUAAGCUUCCAGGUCUUCAUGAAGGUAAGAGCAUAGCCUUUUUCUCUGCCUCUCCUCUCUGUCUCAAAUUGUAGGAAGGAUGAGCGUGCAAUGUCUUCUGGCGCCAUGAAUAAGGCAGGCAUUUCUGGCAAUCUUAGUUCCAUUUCUAAAUUUCCUCAAAUUGAGGUGUCUUCUAGUGAUCAACCCUCGUCCAGUCGAUCAAUUCGACGCUUCGAGCCAACCAGUCAAUUGGAGGACAAACUAGAAUGCGUGCACAGGAAGGUCUUCGACCGUUUUACUGCCCGCGAGGCUCUUCUUGACGAAGAAUUUUGGGUGAGCUUAAACUUAUGUUGCUGGAUACAAGUUCCAUUUAGCUGAUUAUUGAUGCUUCUAUUUGCUGUUUGUUUUCUAACAAUUAGUUUUGUCCUAUCUUGAACAUUAGAAAGCUUUCUGUGUUUUUUUGGAGAAUUCAUUGUGGUGCUCGAUAAUGCACUAUUUUCCCUCACUGAUUGGUAAACUUGAACUUUUGUUGCCUCUGACUUGAAUUUUCUAAGCAUGAAUUAAGGGGCCACCGGUAAGCUGUUUCUUGGAUAGCUACAUGUUGGUGCUUGAGGUUGCCUAUUUAAGUUGGUGAUUACUAGCUGAGAAUGGUUCUUUAUAGUAAUAAUGUCAUGAAGGAUUUGAAUUAUUUGAGGGGCAAAUUUGAGUUACACCAUUGAGGAUAGUCAGAUUGGCUGAUGGCUCCUGUGCUAUUUUUUGCUUUAUUGCUUAUGUACUGUUUGCUAGAUUCUUCAUCAGAUCGAGAUAGGCGACGAAGAUGAAGAGUCUGAAAGCUCAGAUUCAGAAAGUAAUGAUGAUUUGGAAUUGUCAAAAGUCACUGAAAUGAGACUUCUUCCUUCAGAUGCUGGAAAGUGUAUCCUUGCUAUCAUGCAUGCCUCAUAUUGUUAGUGCAUUUUAACAUUGUAAUGGGUGUUUUGAAACUUCACAGGUUCUUUCUUGUUUUUACAGAUGACAACACCAAUAUCAAUUGAAGAUGUUCGUAGAGAGGACAAAAUCCUCAAAGCCCUGUCCAACCAUAAUAAUCUUGUCAAAUUUUAUGAUGCAUGUGAGGAUGCACUUAACGUCUACGUAGUCAUGGAAUUAUGUGAAGGUGGAGAAUUAUUAGAAAGAAUUUUAUCCAAAGGUGGAAGGUACUCAGAGGAGGAUGCAAAAGCUAUAGUUAUUCAAAUACUGAGUGUAAUCGCCUUUUGUCAUCUUCAAGGUGUUGUGCAUCGUGAUUUAAAGCCAGAGAAUUUUCUUUUCACCACCAGAGAUGAAAAUGCUCAGAUGAAGUUGAUUGAUUUUGGCCUUUCCGAUUUUGUUAAACCAGGCGCUAUCCAAAGCCCUAACAGAGGAUCAGCUGUUUUAUCUAAGAUCACAGUUUAAGCUGCUAGCACCAAACGGAGAAGGUCACAUAUCGUUCGACAACUUUCGAAUGGCCCUAUUGCAAAAUGCAACCGAGUCAAUGAAGGAGAGUAAGGUUAUUGAUAUCUUAAAUGUGGCGAGGCAUCCAUUCCUGCUGCCAUUUUUUUUGCAGUUGCUAAGUUUCUUUUGUAUGCCUCCACCAUUACCAUUACUACAGAAUUUAUAUGCUGCAGUUUUGACCUUUUGCGAGAUUAGAACAGUGGAUGUUUUAACUCAGAAAACUAGGCAUUUGAACGUGAAAAGUGGUGAG